AUGAACCGGCCCAUACACAUAAACAGUAGAAUAGACGGUUUUCUUUUGUGUGAGUUGCUCUUUGAGCCCGACACAUCAUCUGCCCCAGUCUGCGGACCCGAUAAUCGCCGACGACAUUUCCACCGGAACUAAGUUUCCCGGUGCUUCUCCAUUAGCUCCGGUGACACGCCGACACUCUCAUUUUCCCUCUCUGUUUUAACCGUACAUAUAACUGCCCCCCCUUUUGUUCUUAUAAACCCGCAGAAUUCAGCCGGCGUUCCCUGCGCGAAAUGUACGGGCGCGACAUUGGCAGAACUUCUCGCGGCUUCUUUUUCAGCAUAGCUCUCAGCCGCUGCGCUUCUCUGUUCCUUCCUAUGGUGGCAUCUCUUUCGAUCUAGCUUCUCGAAGGUAUCACUAUGAAUGGGAUUCAGAAGGGUCAAAAUCUUGAGGAACAUUUUUCAGGAUGUUUGGGAAGAAUGGUGAACCUUUUCGACUUGAAUGAUGGGAGUGCAGGGAACGAAUUGCUCACGGAUAAGCCAUAUCAAGAUGGCUUUCCUCCAAUGUACAAUUCGAACGUGGCAAGUCUGUCUCCCUAUAACGAUCAGACUGAGGAUAAUGAGAUUGUGUCAAAAUCAAGUGAAAAUAUUUUACAUAGGAAAUCAAAUGUAACACCAAUGAAGAUGCUCCUUGCCCAGGAAAUGUCCAAAGAAAUUAACAAUAAGCAUAAUCCACCAAGUGUUGUAGCCAAGCUAAUGGGGCUUGACACUCCUCCGUCUCAGCAACCUGAUUCUUCUAAAGAAAGAUAUUGUGUUGGUGGGAGUGCGCGAGUUCACACUGACACACAUUUGAGUUAUUGCAAUAACAAAAGUGGAACAUUAAAUGGAGAAUUACAGCAUGACUUUCAUCAAUGCUCAAAACAAAAUCAAUUCAAAGAUGUCAACAAAGUUUGGCAGCAUCAGCAGAAGAGCUCUCUGAGAAAUAAAUCAUCUGGAAGCGGAAGGUGUGAUGAAAAGGACAAAAGGACGGCUUAUGUACGCCAAAAGUUCAUUGAAGCAAAAUCUCUAUCCAUAGAUGAAAAAUGUCGCCAGACUAAUAACUUCCAAGGUGCAUUGGAAGUUCUGAGCUCCAACCCUGAUUUGCUCCUCAAGUUUUUACAAGAACCAAAUCCUACGUUGGCUCAACAGAUAUCCAAUCUACGGUCUUGUCAGCCUCCUACUGAUAUAAAACGGAUAACUGUACUUAGACCUUCCAAGAUGGUAGAUAACCACACAUAUUCUGGGAAGGAGACGAAUGAAAAAAAGGAUAACAAGGCCAACGAAGUCAGCCAAUUGAACAAAAUGGAUGAAAGCUAUCAGGAUCAUUUUGCUUCUACAGCUAGACAUAGUGUUGAUGGAAGUUCUGCUCAACCAACUCGAAUAGUAGUACUUAAACCUAGCACAGGUAAGUGUCACAACCUCAAGGUUGUGAGUUCCCCACCUCGCAUAUCACCUGCUAGGUUCCAUCAUGAAAAUGUAUCGGCAGACCCUGAAGAUAAUGGUGUUCAAGAAUUAAGAGAGCUGGCUACGGAAAUCACCCAGCAUAUGCACGAAAACUCUAUUGGGCAUGAAAGGGAUGACAUAUUGCUUUCUUCUGUGUUCCUAGAUGGCUAUAUUAGUGACGUGAGCUCAUUCAACAAGUCAGAAAAUGAGCAUGCCAUGGAAAACCUGAGUGAUUCGGAAUUCAUGUCACCAGCUUCUAGGCACUCAUGGGAAUUCAUUAAUAGGUUUAGAAGUCCACAUUCUUUAUCCUCACCCCGUGCAUCUCAUUCUCCAGAAUCUCUAGUAUCCAGAGAAGCAAAAAAACAACUUUCUGAAAGAUUGGCCAUGGUUGCAUCAAAUGGAAUUUGCCAAGAACAAAGACCUCACAGGAGAAGCUCAAGUACUUUAGGUGAGAUGCUUUCUCUUUCUUAUGCAAAGAAAGCAGGAAAACGUGGGGGAGGAGGAGAUAAAGAGCCAAGUGACUUGAGUUUCAACCAAGUUGGGGGUGCAAAUAUAAUGGAAGGCGUGGAUAACUCACUGAGUCUCCUGAGGUCACAAUCUGUCCCUGUACCUUCUACCAUGUUUGCUUCCCAAUUGAAAGUAGAAAGCUCGGACUCGGAGACUGUAAAAACAAACCCUGGUGAGGGGUCACUAAAUGAAAGAAUCAUAAAGUUCUCUUUGAAGGGGAAAGUUUCAGGUUUGUUCUCGUGGAACAAGAAACCUAGCAAUCAGAAGCUUGACACUUCAAAAUAUGGCGAUGAAUCUCAUUUUGGUGAGAAGUGUUAUUUAGAUUCUCGUAGAAAAGAAAAUCAAGAUAUGAGUCAAUGCCUUGAUUAUGUCCAUGGCUCAACUGGCAAAAGAACUUCUUCAGGCUUGACUGGAAGGCAUGUCAUUAUUUCUUCUGAGGUUGAUCCUGGACCAUCUGUGAAGAAGGAUUGGCGUCCUGGAAAUCUAAGUGAGAGCCAAGAUCAACCAAGUCCUAUUUCUGUUCUGGGGACAUCAUUUGAGGAUGAUGAAUCUGUAACACAAGUAUCCCUAGACAAUAUCAAACAAUACGAUCAUGGGGAGUUGCCUGGUCCCUCCACCACUUUCAAUCCAAUUGACAAAUCUCCACCGAUCGGUUCAAUUUCCCGUACUCUAUCAUUGAACGAUUCUUGCUUAUUCGACGCAGCCACCUCUUUUUCACUGAAACCGUCCUCAACUCAAAGGGCCGAAGAAGAGCACAAGUGGUUCAUCCAUGUUCUGACAAUAUUAUCAGAGGCUGGCCUUGAUGACGUGCAAUAUGAUUCAUUCUUGUCAAGGUGGCACUCACCAGAGAGCUCAUUGGACCCAUCACUCAAAGACAAGUAUGUUGAUUCACAUGACGAGGAGUCGUCUCUUCAUGAGGCUAAGCGAAGGAAAAUGAGAUCAACCAAAAAGCUCAUCUUUGAUUGUGUGAAUGCAGUGUUGAUGGACAUCUCCUGCCAAAACACAUUUCCCUGUAGCGUAAUAUCAGCGGACCAUGUUUUGGGGCAAAUGAGAGAAUGGUUUUCUUGGAAUAAUAUGAUUGAUCUCUCGGAAUAUAAUGGGGACAGAAACUGCCUAGUGGCAGAAAAGAUGGUAGAGAAGGAGACAAUGGGGAACGGAUGGAUUCAACAUUGGAGACUUGAACGUGAAAUGAUUGGGAAGGAGAUCGAAGGAAAAUUGCUAGACGAGAUUGUGCGUGAAGCAGUGGUGGAAAUGAUGAAGUAGAAUGCAAUUCUGUUUUACUCAGGUGGAUCUAUGUAUUAUUAUUCCUUUCAAAAUCACAAUGAAAGCCAAAAAUGCAGUUCGAGUUUGGAAAGAAGAUAUUGAUUUUGGCUAGAGCCCAAACCCAUCAUCAAAUAAAGAAGUCCAGGCCUUGUCCUCUUAAAGAUUUACGCAAGAAAGAAAAAAAAAAAAAGAAUUGAGGAUUGAAGUCUACGACUUCUUCCUCUUCGUGUUAAACCAGCGCGGAUGCUCCAACGUUCUUCCGUUUGAUUCGCAACAAUCAAUUCUCAACGGGAAGAAAUUAAAGGCUCCUUGCUCCUACUAUCCUAUAAAUUGAAGGCAAAUUGCAACUCGAAAUGGGGGG